AUAUAUACUAGACUCCGUUCAUUAUCAAGUUAUACAUCCCACUCAGCCUUCAUGGAGAAAACUUGGUUAACUGCACUAGUAGUCGUACUAGUGUUCUUGGCACAGUAUUGUUUCUUACCCUGUUUGGCUAUGAAUGUUCCCAACUCCACCACUGAUCAAUCUGCUCUUUUAGCUUUCAAAUCCUAUAUCACUUUCGACCAUCCUGACCACAUACUGGCAACUAACUGGUCCUCAGCCACCUCUGUUUGUGACUGGAUUGGUGUCUCUUGCGGCAAGCGCCACUACAGAGUGGUGGCCUUGAAUCUCCCAAACAUGGGUAUUGGAGGCACCAUCCCACCCCACAUUGGAAACCUCUCAUUUCUAUCCUACUUCAACAUCACCAGCAACACUUUCCAUGGUCAUCUUCCCAGUGAGUUGGCUCGAUUGCAUUGCCUAAAUGUUGUCGACUUUGGUUUCAACAAUUUCGGUGGAGGUGUUCCGUCAUGGUUUGGAAACUUACCCAAGCUUCAAUACUUGCGCCUCGAAAACAACAGAUUCACUGGUUCAGUUCCACCUUCCAUUGGCAACAUAUCAACAUUAGAGUAUCUCAAUUUAAAGUCCAAUUUUCUAGAGGGAAGAGUUCUUGAAGAGAUUGGUCAUCUUCCUAAACUGAAGACGUUGCGCAUGGCAUUUAAUAAUUUGUCUGGUAGUCUUCUGAAGGAUUUGUGUGUUUUUCUUCCUAAACUUGAAAUUCUUGCUCUUUCUUGGAAUGAGUUUGAUGGCCAAAUUCCAUCAACUCUAGGUGAAUGCAGAGAGCUCCAAAUCUUAUCAUUGUCUUACAAUAAAUUCAGUGGUUUCAUUCCAAAGGCAAUUGGAAAUUUGACUUUUCUUCAGAUUUUAUAUCUUGGUGGUAAUAUCUUUAAAGGCGAAAUUCCACAAGAACUAGGUAGUCUACAUAGUUUGGAGAUGUUAGGUAUGGAAUCUGCUAACGUCACUGGUCUCAUACCAUCUUCCAUCUUUAACAUCUCUUCAUUGAAAGGGCUUAUUCUAUACACCAAUAAUUUAUUUGGUAAGUCUGCCAAGGGCAAUCGGCAACUGUACCUCCCUUUCAGUAUUUAGUAUUUCAGAAAAUAACUUGACAGGUAACCCGUCCAUCUCUCAAACUUUAGUUGCUGACUUUGGGUAGGGAAUGGGCAUACUACUUGCCUUUUUUUGCUACGUUGUAUCUGGAAUCAUAAAUUUAGUAAAAAUUUAAAAAAAUAGAAAAUAAAUAUUUAACUUAUAUUUCAUUCAUGUUGUCUUCAUCUUUUUAUUUUUUAUUUUCAAAUCUUUAUCUCAAUUCAUAAUUCAAACACAAUCCUAAUGUCCUCAAAAACUUUUCUAAUUUCUUCAAAUUAUAAGAAUUAAGUUUAGGAGGGUAACUUGGGUCGGCUCAAUCCGAACAACCUGAGCUCAACUUGAAUUCUUUUAGGACUUAAACAAAAUAUUUUUGAAUUCAGUAUGGGUUUGGAUGAAAAUUUAGAAGCCCGAAUUAAAUUUAGAUGAGUUUGGGCAAAGACAUCAAACAACUCGACCAACCAGAAGCACGAAUUAUAUAUAUACAUAUUAUAUUAAAGUAAUUUAGAUCGUUAGAUCAUAUUGAAUAUAUAUUAUACACACAAUUAACACAACACAAAAAUAAAUAUUUUAUCACUCAUAACUUGUAAAGACCACUAUAGCAGCAUUUUUCUUACAUUAUAUAAUAAAUUAUUUGUUUUUAUAUUAUUAAUGAUUUUAUAAAACAAAUGUAAAUAGAGUCUAAUUUUAACAAAUUAAAUAACUUAGCUGCACUAAAAAAAAAGAAAGAAAAAAAAAAACAAAUAAAAUUUAUGUGCAAUUUGAAUAAUUCAGGUUUAAUUUGGAUUGGACUUGGGAAGACAAUCUCGGAUUACAAUCCGGACUUGGACAACUCUCAACACAACUUGAACUUGGGUUUGAACAACCUCUCACUCCACCCAAAAGUUGGGUUGUUAUAGCAAUACAUCAUAUGAUUUCCAAGCUACAUAUAUGCCCUACAAGCUUGGGAAAUCCUAUGGUGUAAGGUGUGUACCAAAUGCAUCUUAUUACAAAUGGUAUAAUUUUACCACAAAAUUUCAUGAUGUUAAUCACAAAAUUUGUAAUCUCAAUACAAAUUAGCGUAACAAAAUGUACAAAAUUUUGUGGUUCAUAUAACAAAAGUGUGUGGUUAGGUUACGAUAUCUUUUCUUAAGCUAAUUUGUAGCGAGGUUAUGCAUUUUGUGGUUGGUGCUAUAAAAUUUUAUGAUAAAAUUAUGCUAAAUUGUGAUAAGAUGUGUCCCAUAGGAUUAUAUGCAUUGAUUACCAACUCAUUUGGGCAAGGCAUAUAAUUAUCUAACCCAAGUCCUCUAGGGAAAUUAGGGUGUGCACGAUAUACACCUUUA